AUGGAGCUCUGGAACUCCACCUUGGGAAAUGACUUCACAUUAGCGGAGAUUCUGAAUGACAGUGGGGUUCCCAAACUGCUUUUUGCCACAAUCGCUGUCCUAUACAUGUUGGCCCUGACCAGUAAUGGCCUGCUGCUCUUGGUCAUUAUAAUGGAUUCCUGGCUCCAUGUACCUAUGUACCUUCUACUUAGCCAGCUAUCUCUCAUGGACUUGAUGUUUGCAUCUGCAGUUACUCCCAAAACGCUUGUGGAUUAUCUGCAUGGGGAGAACACCAUCUCCUUUGAAGGCUGCACCUUUCAGAUGUUAGUAGUUCUCACUUCAGGAGGUGCAGAGGACUUACUACUGGCGUUCAUGGCCUAUGACAGGUAUGUGGCUAUUUUUCAUCCUUUGCACUACAUGGUCCGCAUGAGGCCAAGGAUAUGCUGGCUCACAAUAGCCACACCUUGGAUCCUGGCAUUCCUGAAUGCUGUGAUACUCACCUCAUAGACUAUGCACUUUCCUUUCUGUGUGUCUCGGAAAAUCAGGCACCUACUCUGUGAGAUCCCACCCUUGUUGAAAUUGGCCUGUGCAGAUACCUCCAUAUAUGAGCACAUGGUAUAUGUGAUAGGUGUGAUCUUUCUCAUGCCUACCCUUGCUGCUAUCCUUGCCUCUUAUACAUUUGUCCUAAUUGCUUUCCUUCACAUGUCCUCGGGUAAGGGAAGGAAGAAAGUCCUCAUCAUAUGCUCUUCUCACCUGACUGUGGUAGGAAUGUACUAUGGAGCUGCCAUGUUGAUGUACAUCCAGCCCAAUUACUACCAUAGUCCCCAACAGGACAACAUUCUCUCUGUAUUUUAUAUUAUCAUUACUCCAACACUGAACCCUCUUGUCUAUAGUCUGAGAAACAAGGAGGUAAUGGAAGCCUCCAGGAGAGUACUGGGGAGAUUCACUUCUGCCCAGAGAUGGUAG